ACAGAGGAACUGAGCUGAGACGCUAUAACGGGGUCGGAGAUUUGACUUGAAACACAAAGAAGAAACUUUGACUUGGUGAGUUCUGGGACUCGGAGGUUUCUGUAGAAAAUGGCAGAAAAUACCGCGGUUCUUGAAAGUUUCCUGAGCUGCCAUAUUUGUUCAGAGACUUUCAGAGAUCCUGUGUCUCUGAGCUGCAACCACAGUUACUGUUCAAACUGCCUGCAGGAAUUCUGGGAACAAUCUGGAAACAAGAACUGUCCCAUCUGUAAAAGAAGAACUUCAAAGGAGAAACUGCAGAUAAAUUUUGGACUGAAGGAACUGGCUGAUUCUUUUGCUGGAAGACAAAAAAUGGGGCUAUCAGAGACAGAACAAGGAGAAAAGCAUCUGGUCUGCAGGAAACAUCAAGAAGACACUAAACUGUACUGUGAAGACGAGCAGAGAGCUGUGUGUCCUGUCUGUGAGUUUUCUCUCCACCAGAGUCACAAAGUGGUUCCUAUAGAACAAGCAGUCAGUGAGCUGAAGGAGCAGCUGAAAUCUGACUUAAAGUCUCUGCAGGACAAGAGGAACAAACACAAACAAGUGGAGAAAACAUACGAUGAUGUGAUUCAACACUCCAAGAAGCAGGUGUUGUCCACAGAGAGACAGAUCAAAGCAGAGUUCAACAAGCUCCACCAGUUCCUGAGAGAGGAAGAGGAGUCCAGACUAGCAGCUCUGAGGGAGGAAGAGGAGCAGAAGAGGAAGACUAUCAUGAGAGAGAUGAAGAGGAUUGAGGAUCAGAUCUCCUCUCUGUCAGACAGCAUCUCUGCUGUUGAAGAAGAGCUGCAGAAAGACAACGUGUCGUUCCUCAGCAGUUAUGAAGCCACUCAGAGCAGAGCCAGAGGUCAGAGGUCACUGCCAGAUCCACAGCUGGUCUCAGGAGCUCUGAUAGAUGUGGCCAAACACCUGGGCAACCUGUCCUUCAGAGUCUGGGAGAAGAUGAAGGAGAAGGUGAAGUUCAGUCCCGUCGUUCUGGACCCAAACACUGCCUACUAUGGUCUGUAUCUGUCUGACGAUCUGACCGGUGUGAGACGUGGAGACAUAAAGCAGCAGCUUCCUGAUAAUCCAGAGAGAAACACCAACACUGGAACUGUUUUUGGUUCUGAGGGUUUUGAGUCUGGGAAACACAGCUGGGAUGUGGAGGUGGGAGAUCAUCCUGACUGGACUCUGGGUGUAGUGAAAGAGUCAGCUGAGAGGAAGGGUGAGAGACGUGCUUCACCAAAAUAUGGGAUCUGGAGUUUAUGGCAUGGUGAUGGAAAAUACACGAAUACUCUCGGGGAGAUUGUCCCAUUGAAGAAGCAUUUCCAAAGGAUUAAAGUCCAGCUGGACUAUGACAUGGGGACGGUUUCCUUCUACGACUCUGAAGACAUGACUCACAUCUGCAGUCACAGAGACACUUUCACUGAGAAACUCUUCCCAUAUUUUGGUGUUAGAAGGGCAGGAAGUGCUAAAACAUCUGAUAUUAGAAUCUGUCACAGCAACAUUCCUGUCUAAUGUUCUGGGAAAUUCUUUAAAAGAUAGAUAUAGUAUCAAAAAAGUGUCUGUCCAAACUAGCUGUUGUUCAAAUAAUACUUGUGAAAGUGUUAAAAGAUUGACACCAGUAUCUUUGUUAAAGCAACACUAGACAUUGUUUUAAAUUAAAUAAUACCGGGUUUCACAUUAAUAUUACAAUGGCGUUGGUGUUAACAUAUAUUGUUAAAAGUAGCACCAAUGUAGUGUCAAUCAUGCCAUGUACAGGCCAAGAAUUAAGCUCAGGGCCUUCUUGCUGCAAGGCAACAGACCAACUGCAUCACUGUGCAACCUAUUUGAAGACAUUUCGGCAAUUUUGUUGGAUUAAGAACGUGAAUCUUUUUGCUCUGAGCCUAACUUCAUGCACAUGCAGAGAUUUCUCGAGGUAACAAACAAUUUGUGCGAGGGAAUUAAAAAAAAUCCCCACAUCAUCUUGGAGGCUUAAAAGUGUCAUUAUUUAUCGAGUAAUGCAAGGUUGUCGCUUUUAAUACACUUUUAAUGUAACUCUGCGUUAAAAGUGUAAUAAUUUACUGGAUGACUCUUCAUGACAGCAGUCAUAAAUAUUCAUGAAAACUCUUUAAUGUUCAUUACAGGUGUUAGGUCAGUCUUAUGCAAACCCCGUCAAAUAAAGUGUUACCGAAAAACUUCUGCUACUUCUACAUAACAUAUUGGUCUGUGGUCUCUUUUAAAAGACACUUAAAACAUCUGUUGCUAAAAUUGCUUAUUAUUAUUAUUAUUAUAUUUUUUUUUAUCAUUGUUGGAUCUUAGAUUGUUCUGUUAGUUUAAGUUUAUUGUGAAGAACUUCGUGAUUUUUAGGUUUUCAAAGGUGAUUUAUAAAGUUUUACUUAACAUUCAUUUGAUUCAUUUGCAGAAAAAAGAACAGAAUCAAACUUUGGGGCAUUUUUUUUGUUGUUUAUCCUAUAAUGAUUUCAAAAUUGUAUUAUUAAUCUUAAUAUUUAACCAGCUAUAUAUCUUACACCUUUUGCAAACUUGUAGCAGUUGUACAUCCAUGUAUAUAUUUAUGCAUGUAUAC